ACAUUCCCUCCACUCAGCCAGGGCGAUGCAUUCCGACGCCACGGACCACUCCUCGCAAGAGUCAGCCCGGUCUUAGGAUGGUGCAGAAAUCCCUCAACGGCGGCGUUUACCCGACUCCAGCCGGCGAGAGGAAGCACAAAGUCGGCUUCGUGGGUCUGGAGCCCGGCGCUCCCGAAUCCAGUCGGGACGGGGCGCUGCUCAUUGCGGGCGCGGAGAGCAGCCCUAAGCGGGCCGGCAGCAUCUUAUGCAGACCCAGAGGCAGCAUCUCCCCCGGUGGGAGAGCCAGACACCCAAAAAAGAACGCCAGCUACCGCAAACUGCAGAAUUUCCUCUACAAUGCGCUGGAAAGACCGCGGGGAUGGGCGUUCAUCUACCACGCUUAUGUCUUCCUCUUGGUCUUUUCCUGUCUUAUUCUCUCAGUCUUUGCCACCAUUAGAGAAUUCAAAAAUAGCUCAGAGAGUGCCUUGUACAUCCUGGAAAUUGUGACCAUCGUGGUGUUUGGAGUGGAGUACAUAGUGAGGAUAUGGGCUGCUGGCUGCUGCUGUCGAUACAGAGGAUGGAGAGGGAGGCUCAAAUUUGCCAGGAAACCUUUCUGUGUCAUCGAUAUGAUGGUGCUGGUUGCCUCGGUGUCAGUGCUGGCGGCUGGAUCUCAAGGCAAUGUUUUUGCCACAUCGGCAAUCAGGAGUCUGAGGUUCCUGCAGAUCCUUCGCAUGCUGCGUAUGGACCGUCGUGGGGGCACUUGGAAGCUGCUUGGAUCAGUCGUGUAUGCUCACAGCAAGGAGCUCAUCACGGCUUGGUACAUUGGAUUCCUGUGUCUCAUCCUUGCAUCAUUCCUUGUCUACUCAGUGGAGAAGGAGUCUAACAAAGAAUUUGAGACCUAUGCUGAUGCCCUUUGGUGGGGACUGAUAACUCUUACUACUAUUGGCUAUGGUGAUAAGGUUCCCAAGACUUGGAAUGGGCGAUUGCUGGCAGCAACCUUCAGUAUGAUCGGCGUGGCUUUCUUUGCUCUUCCCGCAGGCAUCCUUGGUUCUGGUUUCGCCCUCAAAGUCCAAGAGCAGCACAGGCAGAAACAUUUUGAAAAGAGACGCAAUCCCGCAGCAAGCCUCAUCCAGGGUGCAUGGAGGUUUUAUGCAACUAACCUAUCCCGUACUGAUCUGAUAUCCACUUGGGAUUUUUAUGAGCAGACUGUAGCAACCCCAAUGUACAGAUUAAUUCCGCCCUUGAAUCAAUUGGACUUGCUGAGGAAUCUAAAAGGAAGGUCUUUCAGGAAGGAGUCCCAAACAGAAACCUCUCCCAGUCGGAAGGCGAGCCUGAAGGACAAAGUCUUCCCCAGUCCUUCUAAGACUCCACUGGCCAAAGGAAAAGACCAAUCUCCUGGGCCAGAAGAUGGUGCUGAGCAGAGCCCUGGGAAGGUCACUAAGAGCUGGAGCUUUACAGAGAAGAACCGAGGGCCCAAGCAUGCUUUCAGAGUGCGCGGCAGCGCUUCACGUCAAAACUCAGAGGCAAUUGAAGGUUUAAUAAAAGCGAGCUUUCCAGGAGAGGACAUUGGCGACGACAAGAGUUGUCACUGUGACUUUCUCAAUCAAGAAUUGCCACCUGGGUUAAGGGUUGCAAUACGAUCAAUAUGCAUCAUGACAUUCCUGGUGUCAAAGAGAAGAUUCAAGGAGAGCCUACGCCCAUAUGAUGUCAUGGAUGUGAUUGAGCAGUACUCUGCAGGUCACCUGGACAUGCUGACCCGCAUUAAAAACUUGCAAUCCAGGAUAGAUAUGAUUGUUGGGGCCCCUCCCCCAACAACACCUCGUCAUAAGAAGUCCACUGAAGGUCCUAGAGUUGACCAAAUAGUUGGUAAAGGCUCAAAAGGUGAUCCAGAGACCACAGAUGACGCAAGCAUGAUGGGACGUUUGGUCAAAGUCGAAAAACAGGUAGUCUGCAUGGACAGAAAGCUGGAUUUUCUAGUCCAUGUGUAUAUUCAGCGCAUGGGCAUCUCUCGCUCUGAAACAGAGGCCUUUUUUAACUCCAAAGAACCAUAUCCAGUCCCGCCUUACCACAGCCCUGAGGAGAGCAAGGAGAAGGAGCAGAUGGUCAAGGAGGAGGAGGAGGUGAAGGCUUGCUCAGCUGCGAAUUUCUUGUGCACUGAUGGGUCUAUGGAGCAGAAAGAUCCUUUAUCGAUAGAGCAUGGAGUGGUAUCAGAGGGUUCUCCAUCUGAUGGUAACAGUCGAGCUUCUACCUCGUGGCAGCAUCAGCUGCAGCACCCCGUCAGCCAGCCGGCCUGGAAUAGCAGCGUGGCCAAUACCCCUUCACCUCUUGCCGGUAACGGUUCCCCCCAACUCUUCCGUCUCCCUCCUCCACCCCCUCCCCAUGACCGUUCGAGCCAAGAGAGCGGCUCUAUGAGCAAAAGACGUCACCGGAGGCAGAGGCGUCGCCUGCAGGAUGCUACCAACGCUGGCAGCGACACAUCCCUUUCCAUUCCUUCCGUGGACCACGAGGAGCUGGAGCGCUCCUUCAGUGGUUUCAGCAUCUCUCAGGCCAAGGAGGACUUUUUCGGGACGUCGUUCUUCCCAGGCUCCGCUGGUGGCGGAGGCGGGUCCGUAGCAGGAACUGAAGCAGGAGCCCCACCUCCUCAAUGUGCCAAGGUGAGGCCUUUCUUAGCGGAGGGUGAAUCCGACACAGACUCUGACCUUUACGCUCCCUCGCCCCUUUCCUUCACUGGUGAGGCUUCCUGCGGUGAGAGAGGAUGGCCCGGACUCAAGUAGCUCUGCCCAUGCUGCCCUGGUUGGCAAAGAUCCUGAAAUGGCGUGGUGACCUACAAGCCAAUGUUCACAACAUUUAAUUGCUUUUGAUUGAUGGAUGAUGAUUUACCAAUGAACAAUGACACGAUGUGCCCUUGAACACAGUCUUUGUAUGGGAUAUAACAGGAGAAGCAGUGCUUUAACACAUUGCUUAAAUAGGCUCAAAAAAAGAAAUCAAUGGAUUUCAGGACUAAUGCCAGAUGAAAAUAAUUGGGGAUAGCGGAAUAAAUAUUUCCACUUUUUUGCUAAUUUUAUCUUCCUACCUAUUCAUGUCGCCCUGCACCUGUCUGAGAUUAAAAAAUGUUAUGGUCUGGCAUAUCCAGGAAACAAAAAGUGUUAUCAUACAGCUAGACAAAGUGAAAAAAAAACACUAUUCAUAGCUGGAAAAAAUACGACUCAUUUUAAACAUCCAUUUUCUGUACCACUUAAACUCACCAGGGGGGUGGGUGAGCUGGACCUACGGGCAUUUAGGAUGCAUGAGUGUGCAUUUAUCGUAUGAUUGAAUAUGGACAGCGAUGAUUUACUUAAAUUUUGCAAAGGAUACUAGUUUCUAGAAAGCAAAUGUGAAUCCUGAUAAAUGUUAAUAGAACACGCCAUUGUGUAGACUGGUUAGCAAAGCUAAUACAGAGACAUUAGCUCAAAAACACUCAUUAUAAAAAAUGAGAAAGCCCAAUUCCGAUUAAGUUUGGACAUUGAGUAAUACAGUGUAUCACAAAAGUGAGUACACCCCUCGCAUUUCUGAAGAUAUUUAAGUACCGUAUUGGCCCGAAUAUAAGACGGCCCUGAUUAUAAGACGACCCCUUCUUUUUCAAGACUCAAGUUUGAAAAAAGACUUUUUGAACACUAAAUUAUUUUUUAUAUAGAAAAUAAUUACAGUACAUCUGAAACAAAUGAUUAUAAGAAUAUAUUUGAGAGAAAAAGCAUGUUAUUUUGCCUCAUUCAAAUCUUAUAUCUGAACAUUUAAAUAUGUAAACUAAAGUGCAAUCACAUUCGUAGAUGAAUGGCUUCUGGUUUUUGAAAUGUAAACAAACCAAUCUAUUGGGAUAAAACAACAAAAUUGCAAGAACUGCAUUAACCAUAAGGGGUCGCUUUGGCCUGGGGAGUCAAGUUCAGCAUUCGCUUCGAUGAUAUCUGGCGCCAUCUAGCGUCGUGAAUGGGUAUAAUGUCUAGACCCCCAUUUUUUCAGUCUGAUUUCAAUGCAAAAAACACCGUCUUAUAUUCGGGCCAAUACGGUAUGUUUUCAUGGUACAACACUGACAAAAUGACACUUUGACACA